CCCAGCUCAGGGCGGCACAGCCCGGCCGCGGCGCUGAAGGGCACCGGCGGCGGCGAGGCUUCCCCGCGCUCUCCCGCGGCUGGGGUGCGCCCGCCCCGCAGCAUGGAGGCUGGGAAGCGCAGCUCCUCCGCCGGCAGCCGGGACGAUGGCAGCGCUAACUCCUUCCCGGCCAAGCCGGCGGCCUCGGCGGAGAAAGCCCAGAGCAGCCCCGGCAGCGGCGGCGUGAAGGAGCAUGGCAACUCGGUGUGCUUCAAAGUGGACGGCGGCGGGGGCGAGGAGCCCGUGGUGGGCUUCGAGGAUGCCGAGGGACCCCGGCGGCAGUACGGUUUCAUGCAGCGGCAGUUCACCUCCAUGCUGCAGCCGGGGGUCAACAAAUUCUCCCUCCGCAUGUUCGGCAGCCAGAAGGCGGUGGAGAAGGAGCAGGAAAGGGUUAAAACUGCGGGGUUCUGGAUCAUCCACCCCUACAGCGACUUCAGGUUUUACUGGGACUUAAUCAUGCUCAUAAUGAUGGUUGGAAACCUUGUCAUUAUACCAGUCGGAAUCACAUUCUUCACAGAGCAAACAACAACACCAUGGAUUAUUUUCAAUGUGGCAUCAGACACUGUUUUUCUAUUGGACUUGAUAAUGAAUUUUAGAACUGGAACUGUAAAUGAAGACAGCUCUGAAAUAAUACUGGACCCUAAAAUCAUUAAGAUGAAUUACUUAAAAAGCUGGUUUGUGGUUGACUUCAUCUCAUCAAUACCAGUGGAUUAUAUCUUUCUCAUUGUAGAAAAAGGAAUGGAUUCAGAGGUUUACAAGACAGCGAGAGCACUUCGUAUUGUGAGAUUUACAAAAAUCCUCAGCCUGUUACGUUUAUUGCGCCUUUCGAGACUGAUAAGAUACAUACACCAGUGGGAAGAGAUUUUCCACAUGACAUACGAUCUGGCCAGUGCAGUGGUGAGAAUCUUUAAUCUGAUUGGAAUGAUGCUCCUGCUGUGCCACUGGGAUGGUUGUCUACAGUUUUUAGUACCAUUACUUCAGGAUUUCCCACCAGAUUGCUGGGUGUCCCUAAACGGUAUGGUUAACGAUUCCUGGGGAAAGCAGUACUCAUAUGCACUCUUCAAAGCCAUGAGCCACAUGCUCUGCAUUGGGUACGGGGCCCGCGCCCCCGUCAGCAUGUCCGACCUCUGGAUAACAAUGCUGAGUAUGAUCGUGGGGGCUACUUGCUAUGCCAUGUUUGUUGGCCAUGCCACUGCCCUCAUCCAGUCCCUGGAUUCAUCACGACGACAAUACCAAGAAAAGUACAAGCAAGUGGAACAGUACAUGUCAUUCCACAAGUUACCUGCUGAAAUGCGCCAGAAGAUCCAUGAUUACUAUGAGCAUCGCUACCAAGGCAAGAUCUUUGAUGAAGAAAAUAUUUUGAAUGAGCUCAAUGAUCCUCUAAGGGAGGAGAUUGUCAACUUCAACUGUCGGAAGCUGGUGGCUACAAUGCCUCUUUUUGCUAAUGCAGACCCAAAUUUUGUGACUGCCAUGCUAAGCAAACUGAGAUUUGAGGUGUUCCAGCCUGGAGAUUAUAUUAUCCGAGAAGGGGCUGUGGGUAAGAAGAUGUAUUUCAUUCAACACGGUGUUGCUGGUGUCAUCACCAAAUCCAACAAGGAGCUGAAGCUGACAGAUGGCUCUUACUUUGGAGAGAUCUGCUUAUUAACCAAGGGCCGUCGAACUGCCAGCGUACGAGCAGACACGUACUGUCGCCUGUACUCCCUCUCCGUGGACAACUUCAACGAGGUCCUGGAAGAGUACCCCAUGAUGAGAAGGGCCUUCGAAACCGUGGCAAUUGACAGACUUGACAGGAUAGGGAAGAAGAACUCGAUCCUGCUGCAGAAGUUCCAGAAAGACCUCAACACCGGCGUCUUCAACAACCAGGAGAAUGAGAUCUUGAAGCAGAUCGUGAAGCACGACAGGGAGAUGGUGCAGACCAUCGCCCCGGUGAGCCUGCAGCAGCUGCCAGCCCUCAACUCCAGCACCUCGACCUCGUCGUCGCGCGGCAGGACGCAGUCCCCUCCGGUGUACACCAGCAGCAGCCUCUCGCACACCAACCUGCACUCGCCCUCGCCCAGCACGCAGCCGCCACAGCAGGCUGUCAUCCUGUCGCCCUGCUCCUACACCACGGCCGUCUGCAGCCCGCCGGUACAGAGCCCGCUGGCCGGCCGAACUUUCCAGUACGCCUCGCCGACCGCCUCGCAGCUCUCCCUCAUGCAGCAGCAGCAGCAGCAACAGCAGCAGCAGCAGCAGCAGCCGCAGGCGGCGCAGCAGCCGCCGGGAGCCGCGCAGAAGAACGAGGUGCACAAGAGCACGCAGGCCCUCCACAACACCAACCUGACGCGGGAGGUGCGGCCGCUGUCCGCCUCACAGCCCUCCUUGCCCCACGAGAUCUCCACCCUGAUCGCCAGGCCUCACCCCACCGUGGGGGAGUCCCUCGCCUCCCUCCCGCAGCCCGCGCCGGGCCCCGGCGUGCCCCCGGGCGGCCGGGCCACCGUGCCGCAGCGGGUCUCGCUGUUCCGGCAGAUGUCCUCGGGAGCCAUCCCUCCGAACCGCGGGGCCGCGCCGCCCGCCGCCCCGCUGCAAAGGGAUUCUUCCACAGUCUUAAGCACAGAGCCCGAGGGAGACAAACCGCGGUUCGCCUCAAACUUAUGAUCCCUGGUGACUGUGAGCAAUAGACUUGCAACAAACCGAGCACCAUCCCCCGAACUGUUUUAGCCUGUUUCCUAAUGUGCCCCAGCAGUCUGCUAUCAGAAAAAUAAUUUAGACAGCUUUGCCCUAUGUAACGAAUGUAAAAGUUUUAUAUAUAUAUAUAUCUAAAUAUAUAUAUAUAAAGGCAAUUAAAAAAACUUGUUUGAGUUCACGUCUUCCUUUUUGCAACCAUUGCAGAAGAUUAAAAUUAGCGCUAAUAUUACUUAUUUUUAAUGUGUUGACUUUAAAAUCAGCCUAACAGAUUUCUCUGUUUAUGAGAUUGGCUGUUUUCAUGGGGAACUUGUCAACACAACAGCAAACUUCAAACAAGUAUAUUUAAAAAAAGAAAAAAAAAAAGGAAAGAAAACCAUCAAUUUAACUAACACAUAGCACUGACUGAGUGAUAUUCUGAAACCUUUGUUACUUCAUUUAUUGUGUAUGCGUUGUUAAUUUCUUGUGAAGAAUUCAGUUGUUAUUUCACAUUGCAUUUCAUAUGUUAGCACCAUCCAUUGGAAUUUAGAUUGGAAGAGAAUUAUAUUGCAAACACCCGCAGUGUAAAGGGAGGCACUAGCACUCCUCUGGAUAAGUUGUAACCUCAUGGCAUGUCAACCCUUCUGUUGUCUAAGGGAAUUGGGUGGACUUUGAUCUUCACACUGCUAAAGACUUUUCAAAGACUAAAUAUAUUUCCAUUGUAAAUAACUUUUUUGACCCAAGCAAAAAUAGAUGCUGUGUGGUGUACCAUUGCAAGGUCUUUGUUUAGGAAUUUAGGUUCCGCUUUUCACUUCAAAAUUUACAGUUUUAAAAUUUGUUAAAGCUAAGUGCAACACAACUGUUAAAUUGUAAUGCAAUGGCUUAAAACCUACAAUGUUACUUUGACAUGCAAUGUUUUAUGCAAAAUUGUACGCUUGAUCCUGCAAAUCGCUUGUACUUCACCAAUACCAUCACUUUUCUUCUUCUUGCCCUCAAUAGCAUCUGAGAAUAUUCCAUGCAUGCUUUGGAAAAAAAAAGACAAUAAAAAUAGGUUUGGUCAGUAGGAAAAGGCUUUACGGUAUCUUAGAAAAUAAUAACCAUUCAUUAAUUGUGUCUACCUUAAAAUUCCUAUAAUGCUGACUUUGAAUCUCUGGUUUAAGUCUAGAAGUGAGGUUUUUCAUUUAAAGGAUUAUUUGUAAACCACAGCUUGAUUUAGACUUUCAGGUGCUUUCUGUGUCUUCACUGUAGUUUUGUAGUUGACUGUGGUGUUAAUUUACAAAAAUAAAUAUAAUAUAGCAUCAAGUCUGUCUGGAAAUGCACGAUUUGCUCUGUGUAUAUUGUAAUUAAAUGGUUAGUAUAUCCUAAGGCAUGUAGUGUCAAACAUAGCCCAUAGGUAUGAGGUUUAUUAUUUUUUAUGUCUUCAAAACAGAAAGGGAAUGGUGACAGAAAGCAGGGUUAAAGCAUACUGUUUUGUGAACAUUUUGUUUUGUUUGCUCAAACCUUCACAUUAUCUUAUCCACAAAAAAAAAAAAAGAAAAAAAAUUCGUAAUCGUUUGUGCCUGAUUUGUCACAUUAAAUAGAGAUUGAAACUAAAUGUGUCAUAAUUUAACUCACUGAAAAAUCAGCAUUAUGGAUAUGAUACAAGCAUAUAUUCUGUUCCUUAAAACCCAGCUGACUCUGUUAAGGAAAUGGAUGCAAAGGAGUUCUCCUCUUCCCAUCAAUGCUGAGUUUAACAAUGCAUGGAAAAAUUAAAUAACAUCACAAACUACGUAAUGCAGUGAAUCCAGAUGUACUUGAGAGCCAAGUAAAUUCUCUAAAGCUAACAGAGCUUGAACCCAUGCUGCCUGUUAUACCUUUUACUAAAGUGGUACAUCAAAUAAAAUUUUUUAAAAUCGUCCAUUUUUUUUGCUGACUCACAUUCACCAGUAAAGAUCGAUGUAAUUAACCCACUAACAUGCUGCUGCCAUUAAUUUAAGUGACCUGGAGUGGAAAUGGGGAAAUGAUUGUUUAAAAAAGUGUCUCAAACAUUAUGGAUACGCUGCAAGACCAUUUAUUUAUGAGUACAAUACCCCUUAUAUUAUUUUAAUGCUAACAAAUUCUGUCAGUUAAUUAAGAUCAUAUACUGAUCUUGAAAACUGUUUAAGGUUUACAUUUAAUAGGAGAAAUGGGGUUAGUAGCAAAAUAUUUUUAUAUAUAUUUUUAUUUUAUUUUAAGCACUAUGAAGAAAUAUUAAUUCACAUGGUCUUUCAGUGAAACCAUAAAUAAUUUUUAAUGACUUUGUAAUAGAGUGGACAAUAUCUAGGAUUUGUAUGUUAAUUAAAAAAAAAUGGUACAGGGUAUAAAAUUAUAUACGUAUAUAUAUAUAUGUAUGUAUGAAUGUAUAUAUACUUAGAUUAAGAAACAAAUGACUCACAUUCCUGUAAUAUAAAGGUCCAUUGCUAGUUUCAGAAGUGACCUAUUUUCUCUGUACAUAAGUAGGCCCAUAAGUAUGAAAUCUCACAUCUGUACAAGAUGAAAUGUAUUAAUGAAAAAGGUUGGAUCUUACUGCUGCUGGGAAGACUAUAGAUCUGGUUCUUACAAUAAUUGUAUGAUCAGGGAUGAGUUAGAUUUUUUUUGUCUUUGCUCAAAGCCAUAAAUAAACAAAUAUAAAAGAUUAUUAAUAAAUUGAAGAAAAUAUAUAAAAAAAUUAAACCAUGAUAUUUUUUUUCCUUCCAUUAUCUGUGUAACUGAGCCAACUUUUGCUUUACCAUAAAAGAAGAACUGUUUGCUUAUCUCUUUUCUUUAUUCUGUGCCCAAAAGUGAUAUGCACUGAGUAUGGGGAGGUGGAGAAAAAGCUGUCUGAGUAAUUCUGUGCAUUCCUGAAAUAAGAAGGCUUAGAAAUUGGAAGAUACUAUGUGAUUUACACAAGCAGUUCCUAAGCUGUGUUUCCUCUGCAGAUUAGAGAAAUUUAUUUUCCAAAAAACCCUAAUGUAUCAGAAAUAUACAAAAUACUUUCAUGUAUCAGAAAUAUAUUACCAUUUAUCAGAAAUAUAUCAUGACUACAAAUAUUUGAAAGUUAAGCUUGUUUUUAUAGAUUAAAUAUCCUGAGGGAGAAUUGCAAAUAGUUGUUAGUGUAACUUAAGGAAAAUGUAUUCUAUCAUAUCUCACUUUAUCUUACUGUGUGUGCCAAUCCCAGAUGAUGUACCUCUGAACUUGCGUAUAAAAGUUGAGAUUUCAAGGCACCAUUGACGUGGAAGUAAUGUUCGUUAAUCGCAUUUUAGGUCAAUGUAAAUUAAAAAGCACAGUCCGUUCAAAUCAA